CCGCGAGAGGAUCGAUCACAUUUUGCUUCGCUUGCCUCACAACACAACUCACAACGAGGGAGUUCACUUCUCUUGUCUCUCGCUUUCGCUCUUUCUUCUCGACUAGACUUUUCAUCAUCACCAUGAACACUGGAUAUAACAACAACAACCACAAUGCUGGUGGAGCCGACGCGGCUGCCGGGUUUCGCGGCCCUUUAGGUGGUGGCGCGGCUGCGAUGGGAGUUCCUUCUGGUGGCGGUGGCGCGGCUGCGAUGGGAGUCCCUUCUGGUGGUGGUGGCGCGGGGGUUGGUCAUGGAGUUUCUGCUGGUGUCGCCAGAAACCUCUUUAGCUCGCCUGCGCCAACGCCUCGAACACACGUCUACGGCACUCCGGGUGUGACUCCUUCAACCAUGGCUGGUGGCCGUACUCCCGCUGGCCAUACUCCUGCUGACUUUGGAUUGACUCGGAACACGGGCGGCGCCAUGAACCAGCAGAUGGGCCAAGGCAUCUAUGGAAGGGCCCCCACACUGGAUACUCAAGAUCUCUUCAACGCACAGCAGCCAGCCAAUUGCACUCGCAACUUUUGUCUUCCCCUUGAUAAAUGCUACGUCGACAUUUCUAGUCGCAUUCUCGCUGGCAACGCAAGGGGCAAACAAGUUCUGCGAUUGUGUUGCGACGACGUAACUUUGCAACGAGACAUUGAAAUCUUGAAGUCUGGUGGUGUUGCAGCUCAAGAAAAAUGUGCCGAGAUUACUUCUCUCCGCCGAGACCUUGUCGAUGAUGUCCAAGAAAUGAAAAAUUCCGUCGCUGACAUGGAUACGAUCAUCGCUGACAUGCAAAGGAUCAGAGAAUCGAAAAAUCUAUCCGCGCAACAAGCCGAGUCCGUGCUCGUUUCAAAGAUGAAAGAAUUUGAGCAGAUGGCGUAUUCCUAUACUUCGACCGGGGCGCUUACGGAACAACCCCGGAAAUAUGACAAAAACACAGUUGAUAUGUUGCUUCACAAAUACAACAGCAGCGGAGCCAAAAUGUGGCUGAAUGUGAGUCUAAAGUGCUUGGCUGAUGAUUUGUUCCUCAACAACUUUGACAAGAUCCAGAACUUGGAUGUUGAUGGAUGCUACAAUUUGCUUGAAGCGUUUGGCGAGAACGGCCUCCUAAGCAACAGCAAUUGCAAGGCAGCUGUAGAGACCUACAAGCAAAACGGAACUAUCGUUGACACGUUUUCCGCAUCCAAGGUCUACUGCAACAAACAGCUACACCUCGAGACUCUGCAUGCGCUAGUAGGAAUCUAUCUCGACAAGAUUCCAGAAGAUCAUACCGGCAUGGUCCGUCGGAACAAGCGGGACAAAUUGCCCACUUGGGGCAACCACCCUACGGCCUCCAACCAAAACAUGGGCCCUGCUGGAGGUCCAAUGCCUGCAACCCCGGCUCCUGCUCGGGCUCCCGCGCCUCCUACUUUCUUCAUGUUCGGGAACUCGCAAGUGCCAAAUCCUGCCGCGCACCGUCGUGUACACAGUGAAUCUUCAGCUCCCCACACCAACUUUUUCGCUCCUCGCCCGCCAGCAGCUCCUCGAACUCCAUCGUGCCCCAAAUUGAAGGUAGGCAACAUGACGUCAGCCCCGAUUAUCGAUGAGGAAUUGUAAUGGGACGACAACACGGUUCAUUUAGCUUCACGCACCCUUUGGUGGUAGGGAGGGAAACGGAUUCUGACUUGCUGUGAUUCGAUUCUGUCACUAUCAAGGCAACACGACCAGAUACAUUGACACCAACAAGGAGCCACCUCCAUCCAACGAAACACACGCACACACACAAGAAAUAUCCAAGCGACACACACAAGAAAUAUCCAACGAGAAACACACGCAAGAAACAACUCACACAAUAAAACAACACAAAAACAGACACAGACUUUCACAUACGGUAGUACUAUCGAUACUUCACAAACGAGGGCGGAACGGUGAUAGGUAGAUACUACGUAAUAGAUAAGAAUUAUUACCGAUGACACCGGCGG